UAAACAAGUGAUAGAAGCUGCCAGAACAAAACAACAUUCGGCGCAGAACGAAAUCUAACAAACGUAGAAGGAAUAGGAAAAAUGUUUUGCCGUAUAUGUUUAGCCAAUUGUGAAAUAGUAGAACAAUUUAACUUGUUUACAACACGGAUUGAUUCCAGGCCACUUGCCACCGUUAUUGAGUACUGUUUCGAAGUAGAAAUUUUGGAAGACGAAGAUAACAAUGUAUUGUGCACAACUUGUAAAAGUGAUCUGGAAUGUGCAUACAGGUUUGCUACAAAGCUUCGGAAUCAGUCAAAUACGGAGAUAGCAGAUCUAGACGAAAGAUCAGUUAGCUUGAAAGAUGACUGUUCGUCCCCGGUGUACAUCACAGAGGUCGAAAUUGAGACAGAGCUACCUCUUGAGUCCAUAGAAGAAACAUCUGGCAGUAAGCACGAGCAGGUGGAUGGUGUUAUUAAAACUUCUCAAGAAGAAAACAAUACGUCAGAACCCCCGGAUGAUACAUCCCAGUUUUUGCUUCCGGAGACAGAACAGAAAGAUGAUUCCGAUAAUGAAUGCUUCCCAGAUUUAGAUGUAUUUUAUUCCUCUGAAGAUGAGAGCGAUUCUAUUGAAGAACUGAACUUUAGCUCAGACGAAGAUCAACGGGAGGGCAAACAACCUCGGAAGCGACUUUACUAUGGGGUGAAAUCAGAUUCCCAGCCAAAACGAUGCUGUGAUUGCAAAGAGCCACUCGUUUCCCAAGAGAAGGUGGCGGAACAUUCCGAAUUGUACCACCAACAGCAUCGAGUAACGAAUCCAAAGGAGUUUGGCGACAAACGGUUCGAGUGUCCCGUUUGUUUUAAGCGAUUUGAGACGAAGAAACUGUACCUGCAACAUCAGCGAAAAAUGUACGUUGACGUGCUUCAUCCGUGUUCGAAAUGUGAGGAAGAGUUUGCCAAUCUGUACGUAUUGAAGAGACACCUCAAAGUCGAUCACAAAAAGAAAUUUCUGAUCACGGAGCUUGAAGAGCUGCGAAGUCAGUCCAACAUCUGCUGUGGAUGUAAGCAGCAUUUCCCUACUGCCGAGACACUCAAACAACACGUUGAAAAGGUUCACUAUCCUGAACACGUACUUUAUGAUACAAGUAACAGGUUUGAGUGUAACGUGUGCUUCAAUAGAUUUAAAACUUUGAAAUCGCUCAAACAUCACCAACUACGAUUGUACAAAGAAAAGAAAUUUGUCUGCACUCUAUGCGGGAAAGCCUUCAGAGAGAAGAUUCGUUUAGCAGAGCACGAAAACUCCCAUCGAAAGAUUCACCAGUUUCUGUGCUCGUUCUGUCCGGCAACAUUCGCCAUGAAAAAUUCCUACGAAGUUCACCUGAAGAUGCACGACGGGGAAGAGCGCUUCAACUGUGAAUACUGCGGUAAAGGAUUCCGCAAGAAGAGUCUCCUGUUGACGCACCUCCAAACUCACAGCCUGGAUCGCCCGUUCAAAUGUCACCUGUGCCCGAACACCUUCACCCGCCAGAACAUUCUGGAUUCACACCUGUUGACCCAUUCGGACGCCGGCAAGCCGUUCAAGUGCCUACAGUGUCCGGCGUCGUACAUCCAUCAGCGUGAUUUGCGAAGGCACACGCGGGAGAAACACGAAGGUAUUCGCAGCUUCAAGUGUACCAAGUGCCCGAGGGCCUACAUCCGGCAGAAGCUACUGCUGGCUCAUUUGAAAAGCCACGAACGGUGAAACUUGAGUAAAUCAAUUUAUGACUUUAGUGCAAAUUUAGAAAAUAAAAAAUAAACAGAUGAAACAAAAAAA